AUUACUGUAGCAAAAAGAAAGAGAAAAGGUCAGCAAAUGGAAUCGCUUAAUACUUGAGGCUUUUCCUUCCUUGAUCUUUCCACCUUCCUCCCCUUCAAGCCCUCUCUUCCUUCCUCUUCCUUCAUUCCCUCAAACACCCUUCUGAAGAAACCACGAUUACAGUCAUCAAUUGGAACCAUCGUCUGAUUCCUGAAGCGGUUAUGCUCUUAGUUGGUCUGCACCAACCAAGGCUUUCCGCAGCAUGGUACCUCUGAGACUGUAAAACGAGGCACCGACGCAAAGCAGUAAUGAAGAAUUCCGUCAAAUCAUCAUAUAGACAACUGCCCGGGAGGCCUUCUCUUGUUCAGGAGAUGGCAGGUAGGCCUUCUCCAUUCGCCAAGGAAGGCGGUGAACCCAAGAAGAAAUUGAUAAGACUUCGAUCGGUUAAAAUCGCGGACAGGGGAGGCAUUAGAUUACCAACGAAACAAGGAAAAGGAGGAACCAAUCAGUCAGGCGUCCAUGUUGGUCCACACAAGAAGAACAGCUCCGCGCGGAAGGUGAAGAGAAGAUCACCAAACUACAUGAAUCCCACAAGCAAUUCAGAUAGGAGAAAGGAGGAGAGCUUGCAGGUAAGCACCCAUAAGCAAACCAGCGAUAAAAUUCAGAGUUCUAUACACCUGAGUCAUGCUCGCAAGAAAAAUGAUAUGAAAUCCUUGUCGAGGGUCUCUAGUUUGAAACCCAGAAAGCCUUCAAUGAAGACAUGUGGUGUUCCAUCGUAUUUGGUACCAGAUGUCACCCGUGCAACGUGCUCCUCCACUCUCAAGGAUUCAAAGUUCCCCGACUAUGUAGACCUUAAUCCUGGAGGCACUGAAUCUGAAGGAACUUCAGUCAUGAAGGUCUGCCCAUAUACUUAUUGCUCACUCAACGGCCAUUGCCAUAAACCAUCACCUCCACUAAAGCGCUUCCUAUCAGCUAGAAGGCGCUCGCUCAAGGCCCAAAAGAGCAUUAAGAUGAGGGAAGCCAUAGGAUGUAAGAUUAAAACUGUUAUGAAGGGUAGGAACAAAACUGAUACAGGUUUGGACUUGAUGCCUCAAGAUGUCCUCAACUCGCCAAGAUCGCUGGACAGUUGGGAUGAGCAAUCGUGCGAACUGCUGACAGAAGAUUGGGAUGAUGAUUUUUUUAUAGAGAUAUACGCAAAUUCAAUUCCUGAUAUUACAGACCCUGAGAUAUUUGAAGAAUUUGGAGUAAUGGAGCAUAGCUCUUUAGAUGUUCCUCAAGUUACCAAUGAGAAAAUGGAUACCACGGUUCCCAUUGAUCCAUCAGUUGUGGCAUACGAAAAAGUACAUUCUGCAUUUGGAAAGAGGGCAGUGACAGAAGUACAAGAAGAUCAUUUAGGGGAACCAGAGAGUGUUGUUGAUAGUUCAUUCUCUGAGCCAAGUCUUGUUGAUGUUGAGGAAGAUGGAAACCAACAAGAUCAAAGUACUGAUUCCUUCUUUGCACAUGAAGAAGCCAUAAAUGCAUCAGGUGGGACUUCUGAACCAAUUGAUUGCAGCAGGGAGGAAGAGAACCCAGCGUCAGUUGAGAAUAGCAGCUCCAUUCAAACGGCCGCUGCCAAAAGCAAAUUCCCUGACGAUGAUUUGGUCUCUAAUAAUGAGUGCGAUCUGACGAGCUCAGCUUCAGAAAUAAUAUUCAUGGCUGAAGCAGGUGGGACUUCUGAACCAAUUAAUUGCAGCAGGGAGGAAGAGAACCCAGCGUCAGCUGAGAAUAGCAGUUCCAUUCAAACGGCCGUGGCUCCUGAAAUUUGUGCCAAAAGCAAAUUCCCUGACGAUGAUUUGGUCUCUAAUAAUGAGAACGAUCUGACGAGCUCAGCUUCAGAAAUAAAAUUCAUGGCUGAAGCAGGUGGAACUUCUGAACCAAUUGAUUGCAGCAGGGAGGAAGAGAACCCAGCGUCAGCUGAGAAUAGCAGUUCCAUUCAAACGGCCGUGGCUUCUGAAAUUUGUGCCAAAAGCAAAUUCCCUGACGAUGAUUUGGUUUCUAAUAAUGAGUACGAUCUGACGAGCUCAGCUUCAGAAAUAAUAUUCAUGGCUGAAGCAGGUGCAACUUCUGAACAAAUCGAUUUUAGCAGGGAGGAAGAGAACCUAGUUUCAGCUGAGAAUAGCAGUUCCAUUCAAACGGCCUUGGCUUCUGAAAUUUGUGCCAAAAGCAAAUUCCCUGAAGAUGAUUUAGUCUCUAAUAAUGAGUGCGAUCUGACGAGCUCAGCUUCAGAAAUAACAUUAAUGGCUGAAGCAAUCCCUUCUGACGAAGAUAUCGUAUCUUAUGGCCCGGAAGAGCCGGUUGGCUCCUCUGACGAGAUCGCUUUUCCUCCAGUAGAGGACAACAACGCUUUCUCUGAAAGCUUAAACAUUGGUACAGUAGCUGCUCCAAGCGACGGAACAUGCAUAACCAAGGGAGAUGACGGUGUAAUCAUGGAAUUUCUAGAUAUCAACACCACAGGUGUUGAGUGCAUUGAUAACAAUGGUGAAAUUCCUAAGUCAGAUAAUGGCCUACCUGGAGAAGCUACACCAGUUGCAAGUAGUAACAAAAUUCAUGAAUCGGAUGAGACUAACGACAUGGAAGAAAAUCUGGGAGAGGUAGAUGUGGCUGACGAUCAAGCAGGCCUAGAUUUGCAAACGUUGGACGAGGAAAACACAGAUGGGUCUGGAGAUGAUCUUGUAGCGGACCACGGCAUGGUUGCAUGUGCUUCUAAACCUGACUCAGCAUUUCGAGAAGUCACUGAAGAGGACCAGAAAAAAAUGAAUGAACCAGGUGAUACUCCUGAAGACCAAGUUUAUGAUUCUGUCUUGGUUUUUAAGGCAAAAGAAACAGCAGUCACGGAGGUAGAUAAUCUGAGCAACGCGGAAAAAGAUACUAAUCUUCACCAAUCUGAUUCGGCGAAGGGGAAGAAUGGAUAUUGUCAGAAUGUCUUGGAUGUCGGAACUUUUCCAGUUGAGCAGGAAAGCUCUACAACUGAUGGAGAAAACUGUAACCAAGAAACAGAUGAACUUCAAAUUUCUCAGGAUGAAAACAUGUACAGCCCUCCAGUUAGUUGGAAUAGAAGCUACAUUUCUUCAGAAGAACGUGCUGGAGAAAAGGAAAAACAAGCUUGUACUGUCAAAGGUUCGUUUGAAAAAGGUGCCACAAAGCAAAUUAAACAUGCUCUACAUCAAGAUGCGGAAGAGCUCCUUCUCGGUGCUAAGACGAAACAUUAUGCCAAAGAUGAAAAUGAGUUCAUCAUUGAGAAGAUUGGUUGUCCAAUUUUGUGCAGAGGGAGUAGUCUCAAAGAAAUAACUAAUUUUGAAGGAAAGGAACAAAUUGAGGACGUCAGUAAGGGUGGAAAAUUCAUGAUGCCCGAAAGAGUACUACGUCUAACCAGAAGUUUCAGCGCUCCAAAACAAAUAAGGAGAGGCAGAAGCAAAUAUGUGAUUGAAGACAGAAAUGAGGGUAGGAUGUUCAACCCAAGAAGGCCAAUGUUUCUACCAAUUAAUCCUGACCCAGAGAGGGAGAAGGUUAAUCUUAGACACCAGAUGAUGGAUGAAAGGAAGAAGGCAGAAGAGUGGAUGCUGGAUUAUGCACUCAGGAAAGCAGUAAGUAGGUUGGCUCCAUCUCAAAGAAAAAAAGUGACGCUGCUUGUUGCAGCCUUUGAAGCAAUUAUGCCAUCAUCAAAGUGUGAAGCCCGCAGGAAUCCUGCUGCAGUAAGUUCCACCUACACACGAUCACUUCAGGCGUGCCACUGAUGAUACAAACAGGUGAGAGGUUCACUAGGUAGACAUAUCCCAACUGAAGGUCAAUAGAGUUUGAUUGCUAGCAUACACUGAAAGGGGGUUACGAAACUGUGCUGCCUAGUUACUAGAAAUGACAGUUUUUCACUACUACCAAAGUUUGUAAUUCUGUAUAUUUGUACAACAUGAUCUUAUAUAUAUGGUUUGUGCUUCAGUGCCCAGCAAGACACUCGAGAAAUAAGUUCACUGGAUUUCAUUUGCUUAUUUUUGGUAAUUAUGAUGACAAUAUGGGUAAUAAAGUUUUUUAUCUGUUUCCCCA